CGUCACGAGUAAAAAAAAAAAAAAAAAAAAAAAAACCGGAGCGAUCGGUUUUAAUGGAACAACCCUGAGCUGCUCCCACUGAGAUGUGUUGGUUAACUGGACACAGAAAAUAAACCUUACGCGGAAGAGGAAGAAACAACAACAGCAGCCGCAGCAGAUUCCAUCUUUUUCCAGGAGGCACACUGAAGCGGGGAAAUGGAAAUGUGUGUCUCCCUCUUCCUCCUCCUCCUCCUCCGUUCGCCUGUUUACUGAAGGAUUUGGAAACUGCCUCAUCGAAACACACGGAGCUGCUUGAAUUCUCCUGCAUGAGCCAAACAGACGAAUAGUCCGAUCCAGAGGAGGCUGCUGACAGUUUUUCAUUUUUCUCUUUUCAUCUGCCAACAUCAUCGGGAGAAUUAACAGGUGACGGCUCAGACAAAUCCAAAAUGAGUGAGCUGGAGCAGCUUCGCCAGGAGGCCGAGCAGCUUCGGAACCAGAUAAGAGACGCCAGGAAAGCAUGUGGAGAUUCAACCCUGACGCAGAUAACUGCCGGUUUGGAUCCCGUGGGGCGGAUUCAAAUGCGAACGAGACGCACCCUCCGCGGCCACCUCGCCAAGAUCUACGCCAUGCACUGGGGUUCAGACUCCAAGCUCCUGGUUAGUGCCUCUCAGGAUGGAAAACUGAUCAUCUGGGACAGCUACACCACCAACAAGAUGCACGCCAUCCCGCUGCGUUCCUCCUGGGUGAUGACCUGCGCGUACGCCCCCUCCGGGAACUACGUGGCCUGCGGCGGCCUGGACAACAUCUGCUCCAUCUACUGCUUGAAGACGCGCGAGGGCAACGUCCGGAUCAGCAGAGAGUUACCUGGCCACACAGGUUACCUGUCAUGUUGCCGUUUCAUUGACGACAAUCAAAUCAUCACGAGUUCAGGAGACACCACAUGCGCACUGUGGGACAUCGAGACGUGUCAGCAGACCACCGUCUUCUCGGGCCACAGCGGCGACGUCAUGAGCCUGUCCCUGUCGCCCGACCUCCGCACCUUUGUGUCGGGAGCCUGCGACGCCUCGGUCAAACUGUGGGACAUCAGGGACAGCAUGUGCCGGCAGACCUUCACAGGCCACGAGUCGGACAUCAACGCCAUCUGUUUCUUCCCCAAUGGCAGCGCCUUCGCUACGGGCUCCGAUGACGCCACCUGCAGGCUGUUCGACCUGCGAGCCGACCAGGAGCUCAGCCUCUACUGCCACGACAACAUCAUCUGCGGCAUCACCUCCGUGGCUUUCUCCCGCUCCGGCCGCCUGCUGCUCGCCGGCUACGACGACUUUAACUGCAACAUCUGGGACGCCAUGAAGGGAGACAGAGCAGGAGUCCUGGCCGGCCAUGACAAUCGUGUGAGCUGUCUGGGCGUGACAGAUGACGGCAUGGCGGUGUGCACCGGCUCCUGGGACAGCUUCCUGAAGAUCUGGAACUGAGCCGGGCCCACGACCUCGGCAAAACACACGUCUGACAGACACAGACAGACCGACACAGACACACAGACUGACAGACAGACACCGCUGGGACACAGUUUGCACCCUGUAUUCACGCUGUAUGUAAGAUUCAACAGACAAAUUAAAACAUUGUACUGUACAUAAUAUAUAUGACUUAGAUAUGAGUUUACACACACACACACACAAACACACACAUACAGACACACACAGACACACAAUGCAGGAUGACACAAGACAUUAACACAUACCCACACAACCUAAAGUUGAUUUAAGAAUGCAGAAACAAGGCAACAGUACCACAAACACGCACGCACAAACACACACACACACACAAAUAUACAUACAUCAGCCACACCAUUAAAGCAUGUAACUGGUUUAAUGUUGUGAUUGGUCGUUGUAUAAAAAAUCUGUAAAAUGUCCAAAUGUGACCAACUAUGUAGUUGAAUUUACAGCUGCUGAAAAAAAAAUACAAAUGCUACUAUUACCUGAAGUCUUUUAACAUAACACACACACACACACACGUUACACACACACUUUCCUGAGAGACACUGCUCCUUGAGUUCGGCGGGAGAAGACGUAAUUGGACGAUUCCGUCUUUGUUUACAAUGAAGUCAAAAAUGCACUUCAGACAAAAUGUUUCUGUACUCUUUUUCUCUCUGUACCACGUGUAUCUCAGCGACGGUGAUGUGAAGGAAAGACGGGCGUGGAUGAGAAUCAUGUGAGACCGCUCACACUGAACAUAAAAAUAAAAAAAAUCCCUGACAGACAGGAUGGAAAAAAAACAACCUCUUAUUUUCAUCUGGCUCGAAAACAUCAUGUAUUCACGUUUUUUAUAGAAACGUCCCCCCCCCCCCCAGACUGUGCAUCUGUUUUAUUUUAUUUAAUAUUUUUUAACAUUUAUUUUAUUCAUGUUCUCCCCUUGUGCCUCAGAUACACUUUGAGGAUUAUUAAUAGAGUACUGAUAAAAGAUCUGCAAGUCAGAAUGUGGGUGAAAACUGAAACCAUUGUAAGACACAUCUUAAUAAAGCAGGAGCCAUACUUUGACUUUGUCAAUGUAUUUAUCUGGACAUUAUUAUGGUAUAAUUGUACAUAAUAUUAAUAAAUAAUAGCUUCUCCUGCCAA